GGCUGCCGCUACUGCUGGCAGGGUCCCCCCCUUACCCCCUCCGCUAUGGGCACCCUACACUUUUAAGGCCGGGGCGGCUGCCCUCUGUGCCGCCCCGGAGGGGUGGGGGGGGUGCGGCGGCACGGUGAAUUAGUUAAAAAUCCCUAUUUACGUGGUUAUUCAUUGCCCCGCUCCGGGCAUGUGAACAACCACCCCCCUUUCCCCUCCAUCCACCCCCAGCGCCAUGCCGGCAGCCUGCACCCUGCUGCUGCUGCUGGGGCUGGGGCCGGUCCUGCCGACCGGGUCGCUUCCCCUCGCUUCCCUACGGCGUCUUCCAUCUCCUCCUCCUCCGUCCCGAAGCCGCUUCGGCCGCCCUUCCUCGCCUCCCGCCGCGGGACACGCCGGCAGCCCGGUCAUUGACAGUAGCCAUCAGGAAAGCAGAAGCUCGUACACAGAGAUAAGGACUUCUGGUGCCCUCAUGGACAGCGUGGAGCUGAUGACUACACUGGCUGGGAGCAGGGAGCAUGCAUCACUGCCUGCCAGGCAUGGUAUGGUGCCAGCAGUGAAUGGGGUCAUGGGGCACAGUGGUCCCCACACCAGCAGUGGGGAUAUCACCCCACUGGGAGCAGGACCCCCAGAGAGCCCAUCUGCUGGGACAGCAACACACCUGCCUGCCUACAGCCAUCAUCGCGCUAAUGGAAGCCAUCAUCAUUCUGUGGGCAGCUGGGAGAGAGACAGGAAGGCUCUGGGUUCUGCCAGCACCCCAGCAGCUGCUGAGAGUACAGUUUUGGCAGCCAUCAGCACUGAUUCGGUUGAAAGGAUGCUGGGCACCAGUGACCCCUUGCAACUGCUGAGCAGCUGGAUAGGCAAGGAGCCAUCUGGUAGCCCUCCUGUAAGCACUGCAGCCACUUCACCAAGCCCCUCGGGGAGCAGUGGAGGGACGCUGCUGCCCGUCCCAAGCACUCCCUUCCCUGACUCUCCAGGACAGCCCCAGUCCUCCCCACAAGCCAGUAGCCAGACUGUUGCAAACAGUGUCAUGCUGCACCCCAGGAAUGUCAUUGGCAACUCCACAAGCCCCUCACGCACAGCAUCGCCUGCCAUGGACAGCACUUUUGGAGCUGCUGGGAGCAGCAUCAGGGCUGCAGAAAACCUGAUGUCCAGUAUCCAAAGGGUAGCACCUGGCUCAGCAGCAGCUCAGCCCUUGGCCUUGGUGACCUCUUUGCUGGCCCUAGCACAGGAACAUUUCCCCAGGCCCUCCACAGAGCAUGGGUUUGCCCCUUCUCACCCAGCUUUGGAAAGCACUGCUGUGGGUGAGCUUGCCAUUGGAAGCAGCUACCAGCCAUCCAAUAGCUCAGCCACGGAGAGGAGAAUUUCAGACUUCCUCACCACCAGCACCUCCAUUUCCACAACAGACACCAAGGGUGGAGGGAGGAUGUUAAGGUCUCUGCCAGCCAGCACCAGGCUGGCUGAUGCAGCAGAGAUUUCCACCUCUGGUACUGAAAUGACCAGCUCUUCAGCCCAGAGCCAGUCCCUUGGGAUGUCUCUGGGAGGCCAGUAUGGUGGUGGCAGAGGGGCCACAGACUUGUCACUCGUGGGCUCAUCGUCUGCUUUGGAAAGCACUUCUCCAGCCUUUAGCAACAAUUACGAUCCCAAGAGCGUCCCAGCUGCAGAAGAGGCGAUGCUGCGCUCAGACACCCACGGUGCUGACUUGCCCAGUAUGGCAGCAGGCGCACCAGGGUACCCCACAAAUGGCCACACAACUGGCAUGACAGAGGGAUCUGCCAAUAACACCAACCCCACCAGCUCUUCAGGGGAGACAUUCUCCUCCUCAGGGGCCAGGACACACCAUCCUAGUGGCUCACAGGAAACCUCUGAUCUCCCAAUGCCUCCCAGGGAGCCUUUGCUCACAAGCUCCUUCUCUGCCUCCGAAAGUGUCAGAAGCAGCCACCAACCAGUUGACAGCUCAGCAACAAACAAAAACCCCCGUGCUUCCUCUCCCACCAGCACUUUCUUUUCAGCCAUGGCCGCAGGCAGCAGUGGGAGGUCCCCAAGAUCUGCCACCAGCAGUAGCCGAUGGACAGCAGAAGUCUCCACGGCCACUAGUGGCAUGUACAGGACCUUGGGCACAAUCCGAUCCCUGUCCACAUCUUCUGUGAAAGAGACCUAUGGAUUUCAUGGGUCCAGAGAAAUCACGGAUUUCACCGAGUGGAUGGCAGACUCUGUGCUAACACGCUCUCGCUCUCCUUCAGACGGUCCUUCCUUAGCUACUGGAAGCAGCCAUGUAUCAUUCAGCAUCCUGGCAACAGACAGAAGAACCAAUUUCCCUACCACCAGUACCUCUGCUUCCACAACAGCUGCCAAGGGUGGAGGGAGAACGUUAAGGUCUUUGCCAGCCAGCACCAGACUGGUCCAAACAACAGAGACUUCCACCACUGAUACCAGAUCUGUCAGCUCUCCAGACCAUACUCAGCCCUCUUUGGGAGCCCAGGGUGGUGGUGGCAGAAGUGCCACUGUGUCAUCCACAGACCCAUUUCUUGCAGGCUCACCACCUGCUUCAGAAAGCAUUUCCCCAGCUGAAGGGACUUUGGCAACAGGAGGAUGCCUGCCCAAUGCUCCUCUCACCAGUACACCCAGCUCAGUGAUACCCACCAACGGCGGGGAGAGGAGCACAGUGCCUGUGUCAGACACCCAUGCAGCAUCCAAUGUGGCAGGGAGCUCUGCUUCUGCUUCGCCCCACACCAGCUCCUUCGAUGUGGUUCUCCUACCAUCCUCAUCAGCAACAGAGCCUGGGAGGCAGAGCAGUGUUUCACAGAGUGGUGCUGGACUUGCUGAACUUCCAACAAAGCCACUGCCUGCAUUUUCUCCCAGCAUUUCAGUCCCAUUGCCUCCACCAAGUGUUUCAGUUCCAGAGGGAGGGAGAACAGUUUCUGGUGCUCCUACUGACACUGUAUAUAUCUCGACCACACUCUCCAGCCACAAGGAGGGGACAUCUCAGGCUGUAGCUAACCAUGGCACGUGGAGCACAGCAGCAGAAAGCCCCAUGUCUCACACAGACAUGGCCAGGGAGCCCCGUACUAGCUUCCUCCCAUCUUCCACAGCAUGGCCUGGAGCAGGACACUUCACAUCCAGCCAAGCAGGCUAUCUAGAGCCCAAGGUCACCCUUUCAUCCGGGGUCUCCACCUACUUCUCAGUUACCCGUGUACCUUCAGCUGUGGCCAGCAGCCAUCACUCCCUAAGCAGCUUGAGUGCUGAGGAAAGGAUGCCCAGCCCCAUCACUGAUCCUGUGUACAGUUCAUCCAGGUCUGCUGGGGGUGGAGAGAGGACACUGCACUCAGUGACGGAUGGUGUGUUGGCUGGCGGCACCGGUAGCUCUGCUUCCUAUGCCGAAACUGACAGCUCUCCAGCGCCAGCUCAGACGGUGUCAGCGGAGCAGAGUGGGACAGUCAAUGCCUCCGCCAGCAGGGGCUUUGCGACGGAGACGCUCUUCACACGUUCUUCCAAGUUACCCACUUACUCUUCUGUCCAAAACGAUCUCACAAGCUUUUCAAGCAGCCAUCAGCCAGUCAAUAGCAUCGAUGCUGAGAAAAGGACCUCAGUUUCUCAUACGGAUGGCACAUACAUUUCAACCACAUAUACCAGAGGAGGAGAAAGGACCCUCCUGUCUAUCUCGAAUAGCAGCACCUCUGCAGACUCCUCAGAAAGUUCCACUUUUUUUCCUGAAAUUUCCAACCCUUCUGAUCCAUCAAAAUCUUCUGUGGCACUGGACAGGAGGAACAAUGUAUCCAGAGAAGGCAGUUUUGUUGAACCAUCUACAGAGCCGUUGCUGGUACACUCUUCCAAACAGUUGACUUCUGCUUCUGCAGGCAGCGUACAACAUACAACUCUCUUCAACACUGACUCUGGGUUGAUGACCACUGGCAGGUCAUCUAUAUCUUCAUCAGCAUUUCCAGCCCCUUCCUCACUGUCAUCUCUGCGUCACUCACUGUCAUCAACACCAGCACCAAAUUAUCUGUUUACAUCAUCGGAGUCAUCUGAGCCACUCUUGUCCUCUGUAAUGGCAUCUUCAUCCCCUCUGCAGGCUUUGUCAUCCUCCUCACCCACUUCCUCAUUGUUUUCCCCAUCUUAUUCGUUAGCAUCUUUAUUGCCUCUGUUUUCAUCGCCAUCAUCGGUCUCACAGUCCAAUGAUAGCAAUCAAACAAGCACCUCUGUAGCUACGACUGUGGUCAGGCGGGUGCCCUCCACAGCUGCCGUGGCUGGGAGCUCACACAGAGAGACCAAAAAGCACAAUGUCACGCACCAGCCCCGAGACAGCACCACCUUUACCUCCACCGGGUCUCUUCUUCCUACAGCACCUAUGGAGCAGCUUGGUGGACACAUCGUGUCUGUUUCUGAUCCCGUGACAGUAACAGAGACCACCUCACCCAGAGUCACCACUUCCCAGGGGGGCAGCUUUGGGAAGGCAACGCCGCUGCUUACCACAGCCAGUGAUGCCCCACAGCCUGGGCCAACAGAGGCACCCCAUACCCCCUCACUGAGUGCCACAAACCACAGCAUCAUCAUCCCUGUGGUUGUACGGACCACAGUGAAACCUGCGCUGACAACACCAGCCAGUCACCCACCAACCCCAGGUGAUGCCAGCACUACGAAAGACCAUAGAGCUCAAACGCCGGCUGCCACUAAGCGUGUCUAUACCAUUAGUGAAAGUACAGAAGCUGUGGAUCCCACCACUGCAAGGCUUGGUAAAGUCACCGAGGAAAGCAUCCUUGUUACGAGUCCUUCUGAAGCCUCUCCAACCAGCAAGACCACUGUGAGCCUUGCAACUACUCUGGCUGCUACCAAAGCAACCACUGUUCCUCCAUCAGGUAGCACACCAAGGCUGAGGAUGUCAUCUCCAGCAACAGAUGUGGAUAAAUGUCUUUCCAACCCUUGUCCUGCACUGGCCACCUGCAACAACACCCAUGGCUCUUAUAUUUGUCAGUGUCCUCUUGGCUAUGAGCUGGAAAAAGGAAAGUGCAAUUUAGUAAGAAUAUUUAUUGGCCAGGUGCCCCUGAAACUCAAUAUUACCCAUGGAAAGUAUGCAGAGCUCCUCCACGUUGAGGGUGAGAUCCUGGCGAUGCUUGAUGCAUCACUGUCCGGCUUACCAGGGUACCAUCACUCCACAGUUAAGGCAACCAGGGAGACGAAUUUUGUGCAUGUUUCAGUGCAAUCCACAUUCUCUUUAGCAUCCAAUGUGACUCUUUAUGACGUUGUUAGCAGUGUGAAAAGCUACAUUCGAGCUUGCAAAUCCCCCACUGAAGCCUGCCAGUUCAUCUCCAGCCUGAAGCCGCUCCACAGAGUUGGCAGCUUGUGCAAGCAGAAAGACCCUGAAUGUGACAAGGAAACUUCUGAAUGCACUGACUUUGAUGGAGUUGCACUCUGCCAGUGCAAAAGUGGGUACUUCAAAUACAACAAGAUGGACCACUCCUGCAGAGCCUGUGAAGAUGGAUAUAAGCUGGAAAAUGAGACCUGUGUGAGCUGCCCAUUUGGCUUAGGUGGAUUCAACUGUGGAAACCCAUAUCAGCUUAUCACUGUGGUGAUUGCAGCUGCAGGAGGUGGACUUCUGCUUAUCAUGGGCAUAGCACUUAUCGUCACCUGCUGCCGGAAGAAUAAAAAUGACAUAAGUAAACUCAUUUUCAAGAGUGGGGAUUUCCAGAUGUCACCAUAUGCUGAAUAUCCGAAGAAUCCCCGGGCACAGGAGUGGGGCAGAGAGACCAUCGAGAUGCAGGAGAAUGGGAGCACCAAGAACCUGUUGCAGAUGACAGAUGUAUAUUAUUCGCCAACUGGACUGAGAAAUCCUGAACUGGAAAGAAAUGGACUUUAUCCUCCCUACACUGGUUUGCCUGGAUCUCGACAUUCAUGCAUCUACCCUGGACAAUACAAUCCAUCCUUCAUUAGUGAUGAAACCAGAAGAAGAGACUAUUUUUAGCAGGGAGUGGAAAGGGAGUGGAAGAUUGACACAGUUCUGUGGCCCUUGAUCCCCAGGUACAAUCUGUCUCCUGGGCAGUUCAGCCCAUAUCAGUCUUACUCUUCCCAUUUAACAGGAAGGACUUUGAACUUCAUGCCGAGCAUUGCUGCCCUGAGGAAUCGUUGCACUCCCUAAGCAGCAGAAGGAAGGACAAGGAGGAAGAGGGAAUGGCUCAAGGUGCACAUCACUGAAAGACCCAGGUGGAAGUUAAUACAUGUACUCCAGAUUUGUUCUGUGCUGCUGCUUUGCUCACUUUACGCUACAUGGCAAGCAUGGAUCAGUAUAGGCAGAUGAACUAUGCCUAGGACUCUUCACUGAAUACCACUAAAGAGCGUUUUGUUUACAGAUCUUGUUUUCUGUUGACUGUGCUUGUCUUAGCCAACCUUUAGGCAAAGAUUCACUUUGCAAAGUGCAACUGCUUUUGGUAGGGCAAGUUUGUCCACUCCCUUUUACAUUGCUGCAUUGCUUUCUGCUUCAUAUACAACAGGGAAGCUGGCUUGUCCUCUGGCCCUAACCUUCUUGCUGGUAGAAAUUCUUUAAAAUGCUGGGUCCUUGGUGAAGUCUGAUGCCUGUUAAUGUAAACUGAAUUCAUGAGCUGGUUGAUUCCAAGGAGUAUGGGAAAGUUAGUCAUACUACUACAAUUUUAACUGAAAAAAGACAAAGUUGAUCCUAUGCACUGCUUUGAAAACUUUCCAUAUAUCAGAAAGAGUACGAGUAUGAUGUUUUGCCAACCAGCAUAGCUCAGAAGUGAUGCCACUAUACAUCAUCAUAGUGCUUCUGUAUAGGAACUUAUGGGACUCUGUUUCUCUGCAGGGAUUUAGAAACAGCAAUAUAAUGUUAAAUAAUUGCUCACAGGGCUGUGAAUUCAGCAUCCUCCUUAGAAUCUGGGAAGGAGCAAUAACGCUAUAGCCCUAGUUUGGCAGUGGAACCUGAAUUCUGGGUUCUACAGGCAGGACAUAGUUUUCAAGCCUCCCCAGCCCACCUUGACUUCUGUAGGAGUUGUGGAGGCUUUCAGUACUGUGGAAAAUAAGGCUCGCUGCAAUCAGUUGUAUUCAAGGGAGAGAAAAAUAGUAUGUUUUCAAUCCUAGUGGAACAAAUAUCACUUAUGUUGAAGUGUUUUGCUUGCUUUCAUCACAGUUUUGAAUGAUUCAUACCAGGCAGAUUUCCUCACCUAGGCAUGUUAAUUCAUAUUAAUCGUCUUGGCAAAAGCUGAAGAAUGUAAGUUAUUAUAUUUCUCACCAAAGAUAAAAUUCAACAGUAAUGGGCUGUAUUCCGAGCUAGGUGUUGAAAAAGAGAUCUUACUUAUCAGAGAAUCAUAUAAUUUGGGUUGGAAGGGACCUUGAAGAUCAUCUCUCUAGAGUGUCCUGCAGCUGAACACAGUGCUGCAGGUGAGGUCUCCUGAGAGCAGAGGGGGAGAAUCACCUCCCUUGACUUGCUUUUGAUGAAGCCCAGGUUGUGGUUGGCUUUCUGGGCUGCAAGUGCAUGUUGCUGGGUCAUGUUGAGCUUCUUGUUGAACAACACCCCCAAGUCCUUCCCUGAAUUCAUUCUCUGCUGAGGCUGUAUUUUUUCGUGGGGUUGCAGGAAGUAUAAGGAAGUAUAUGCACCGCUUACCUUUAAUGCAGUGUUAACUUGACAUCCAAACCCAUCCAGAUACAGAUCCUUCCCCUUAAUGUGACUGUGCUUGUAUGAGGAUAACAGAUAGCACAAUUCCUUAGCCACUAACCCACCAUCUCUCUAGUGCGUACAUAAGUUAGUUUCACUGAAGAGCAAAUAGCCACUGAUAUUCUCUUCUCCCCACUAUGCUUGAAAAACAGUGCCUACAAGUUCAUAAUGUAGCUCAACUCACUGAAGCACUAAGGAUCAUGGGAUGCAUCCUCCAAACUGCCUAACCUCAAGUACGAACAGCAGUUCAGAUAUGUUGUGUGGUCACUCACCAGAGGCAAACCUGAGGUGAUUAGGAGCCCUCCACCAGGGAGCAGGUACUCGUGUUCUACAGAUGGUGUGAGUUUUCAGAUCCUUUCCCAGUACUUUGGAGGCUGUUGUGCUCUUUAUCAAAAGUGAGCAACAGCUACCCAGUGGAAGGGGAGCUAGCUAGCACUAGGCAUCUAUUAGCUGUGAAGGCUAAGAAGUUUCUGUUUCCUCAAAACUGCAAGACAGGAGAGACACCACAAAUGUGCUUUGAAGACACAGUUUGGUGCACCAGCCAUAGCAUACAAGCACAGUGUCUUUUUAUACCUCACCCCUUAUCUACUAUGUAGAAACAGUAGUGUGAGCUUGCAAAAAAAUUAAAAAAUCUUCAUGGAUGCCUAGGGCAGUAUCCUUAUCCUUUGCACUUUCAUAAUCUUUUGGUGACCGCACAUGCAGCUUCAUGCUUGUCUGAUCCAUAAUCAACCUUGCAGGUGUCAGUACACCUGUUCAUCUCAACUUUAGGGAAGAAAUGAAUGGAUGCUCAUGGGAACCGCAGCUGCCUAAGGAGCUGUAUUUAAGGAAAACUCUAGUUAAGUAGCCAAAAUAGUGUAAUAGGUAAGGCAGAAGAACUAGCUGUUCCCUUCCAUGCUGAUCGGUGUUUCCAGCCCAUAAAUGAUGUUCUUCCUUUCGUUAGCAGCUGAUAUCUUAGCUGCACAGGACCCAUUGUAUGAUGUAAACUCAGGGCUUGACUCUGCUGUGCUAUAGGAUCCUUCAGAGAGGACAUUGGCAGGGUCUUUCUGUGCCAGUGAGUUGCCUGUUUUUGAGAGUUCCCAGGACCUAAAAGACUGCCUUUCCCAUGGUAUGGAGGACAGUUUUGUCUGUAUUACAGAAGCAAAGAGGAAGCUGGGAUUCAUGUUAAGUCUAUGUCCAAGGCAUAUAGGUGAGCACUGGGCUCUGUCCAUCUUUACUAAAGCAGCUGAGCAAAAAGGAAGAGUGUCCCAGCAAUGAUGGUAGGAUUUAACCACAUGCCAGCAUUUUGUCAGCUACUGAAGAAUUUAAACACAUGCUUAUAGGCAAACACGUUUAACUGCUUGGUUAUUUUGAAGACUGCGAAACGUGCCUGUGUGUGCCAAGUACAAAGUAGGAAAUACCAACUCACAUUGCAGGUCAAUCCCUCCAUUUAAAGAGUAACAUGGACUAUAUGAACAAAACUCCUGGUCUGUAUCUCACAGCAAAUUUCAAGGGAUUUGAGUGGAAAUAAGAUAGGGCUGUUCCUUAUUGAGAUCACACAAAAGUUUGCAAGCAAUUACUUUUAAUUUCUCAACGAUCUUCAAAUCCUUCUUAAAGCUGUAUCUGGAAUGAAAGAGUCUCAAUAAACACAGCAGGAUUUUCUGACUGAGGACUGCAAAACUUGGCCUUUUCCAAAGCAGAGACCUUUACUGCACUGAAAUUUUCUCUCUGUCAAAGCAGGUAAACGUUGGAAAAUUUCUUAUGAGAAUUUAUCCAUUGCAGGCUGACUUUCUUUUUAGCUUUGGUAAGAGAGGAGUCAUGGAGCCACUACAUAGUCUAUAGGAGGAGGAAAAGGGUCUCUCCUGACCUGCAGCACCUUCUCUGGGUGUUGUAGGAGGCCCCGCUCAGCGGACAGGAAAGGAUUUAGGCAAAAGUCAGCACCUGGGUGAGUGCAGGUGCUUUCCCACAUGUGAACCAGGAAAUCCUUGUGGAGCCAGCAGAUGCAGCCCCAGGUGAUUCAGAUCCCCAGGUUUCUACCAGCCCUGCCACGUCCCACACUGCAGUGUUUCUGGGUAGAAGGGGUGGGGUACACGGCAGUGUGCUUUGCUAGUUUAUGGUAAUUAUUUUACUGCAGUUGUUUACUAACACAUUCCAGCAGCAAUGGGCUCACCCAACCACAGCAGGUAUGUGACCUGUUUCUGUACAGCUUGCCUCUUUUAAAGCUGCCACCAGGAUCCUAUUUGCCUGCUUCCUCUUUGUCUCCCAUAAACUAAACACCUUCUGGCAGUGGAGUGGGGCUUAUGGCUCCUGUCAGAUGUGAGAAGGGUCUCCAUGUGCCCUCAAUAUUUUUAAGUGCAGAUGCCUCUCUGUUCAGUAUCUUAGUUCCCAUAGGAUAUCCAAAUAAAUGCAUCUUAGACUAUUUAGACUACUUUUAGCUACCCCAAAUUUCAAAUUUUGAGCACACUGGAUGUUUUUGCCAAGGGGAAUUUUUAUUCCACUAUCCAAGAGGACAAGAUAGAAGUGGUAUGUUUCUUCUAGGGAGGAUGCAAGUGGUUCAGCCAGAUGUGAGGAAAGGAAGAAAAACUACACCAACACUGCAUAGAAAUUUUCUUUUGCUCCUGUCAGCUGUGGAAAGCUGGGGGAGAAGUCAGCAAGGGCCCAUAGGCAGUUGUGUGGGUGUAUUUUUGAUUAACUUUGGAAAAAAUGCUAAUUCUGUUGCUUGACAGGAGAUGUGGAAGGCACGUGUUUGCUACUAUGGUGCUCUGCCAGUUGUGGUAACAAAAGCCCUUCACCCACAGAAAUACCUCUGGCAGUAAGCCUAGGAGAGUUAAUCCCAGGGAACAGAGCCGCAAAAUGCAGAUUUGAGGGACUAUUCAAAAGGGAUGCUCGUACAUGCAGCCUUCCUGUGUCAGCCAUGCACUGCUGCUCUCUCUGGCCAGCCUUCCCAGAUGCACUGGGAAAAUGAGAGGCCUUUUGCGUACUGUUGAAACCUCACAGUCCUGAAUCGGGCUAUAUGAAGAGAGGAUUUUGACACCCUUUUCUUUCCACAUUUACAGCAUUUAUGUAACACAGCAGCAAUGAAUCACGUUGUUGCAGCAUUUCCCGUAGGUCUCACUGUCACGGUCACGUACUGAGUAACACCUUGUGACCAGCCUUCUAAAAGGUGUUUGCCUCCACACUACAUGGUAGUAAAAAGCUUUUAAAAAUAGCAAUAAAUUUGAGUUAGAGGGAGGUGCUUGUCACUGUGUAAUUGUUUGUGCUAGUACUUUUAAAGGGUGUUUGCUGGCACCUGAGUGAGCAGCAGAGCAGGUCUGGACACUGCUGCAGACACCAAGCACUUCCCUAGGACUUGUCUCCAAUGCUGGUCAAUGGCCAUGUCCGUUCCAAAUCCAGCUGGACUUCUUGUUCCCUUAUAGUGAUGUUUAAUCUUCAGUUUUCUUCCUUAAAUUAACAAGAACAGAUGCAUUUUACUUAUAUACUCUUCCUAUGCUGACUAAUGUUUUUUCCUCUUUACACACAAAGGACUUAAUCCAGCAUUCAUUAUAGUGGCUGGGGUGACUCUCACAUGGACUGUAAUCGAUUUUUUUUAGGCCUAAAUUAUUCCACCUGUGUGUUAUAUAUGCUUUCCCCUAGCUCCAUGUUCUGCCUAUUUCUGUGAUACUGUUGCUGCCUUUCCAUGUUUUAUUUAUAUUUUAAAGUAUACUUAUUACUGUAGCAGGACCUGUAUUAUGUGAGAUUGACCAAAACAGAUUGAAACACCUUCCUGAGAAGAGAGUGGAUGUGAAUUUUUUGUAGUCGUUUUACUGAUCAGCCAACCUGUUGUCUUUUGUGUAAGAUCUUCAAGGGAUGUAGAGGUGCUUCCUCUUUAGUCAGAGAUAAAAACAGCUAUUCAGUUCACUCUUACUUGUCUCUUAAGAAAUGAAGCAAGAUCUCUCAGUUUCAAAAGAGGCAUUCACUGUGUGCCUCUAAGAUUUCAGGAACUUUGCAAUGUGUAUUUAAGUGUAUUUAAUUCUUCAUUCCCUUGUACUACUGAAAUUAAAAUCAGGACAGAAAUCCAUGAAGGGCUAAGAAAUAACAAAGAAAAAAAAAAGAAAAAAGAAGCAAAGCAAGGAAUAUGACUGUGUUUUGCAGAAGUAAACAUCUGAAGUGGGUGUGGCUCCUGUACUGUAAGGUCUGUAUGUCGGAUAGCCCCUCUUCUGUGUCUACUUUGUUGUGCAUGUGCAUAAUAUCCUUGUUGAGGAAAAACAUAGAAAGGGUGCCUGAUGCUCCUCAGAAGUGGGAUGUAAGUGUGCUAAGUCCCUUGGUCUUUAUUCUGGUAAAAUGCUAGAAGGGAUGAGAGUCUUGUUUGGGUUAACGACUGCAGCAGGCCGCUUCCCAGAUCUGCAGAAUCCUAUAUGGAAAAGUCCCAUGGAAUACAGUAAAAUCUGAUCACUUCUGUUGAACAGUGCCAUAGAAUUCACCUGACAUAAAAGGUCUCAAAUAAAAUCAGCUAGGGUAGGUUUAGUUUAAAGACAAAACAAACAAAAAAACCAACAGAAUAAAUACUCAAUAGUUUCCUUUUUUAAAGGAAAUUCUGUUAAACUCAGUGAUUUGUUUUAAGACCUGUUAAAUUCUACCUGACUUCCUCCUACCAGAAGGUCAGCCUCGGUGUGUAAAAUCAUAAUGGUUUAUUUGAGGUUUCCUAACAGAAGGUCAAAACUUGGUGUGUAAAAUCUUAAUGGUUUAUUUGAGCAGCUUUCAGAAUUGCAGUAGUAAAGCUCACCUUUUGUAAGCUCUAUUUCAAAAGGUAAAUUUUCAGCAUUUGUUUGUGCUUCUUUUAACAACCUGAGUGUAAACCUGCUUUAUGUUCAUGCUAUUGCCCUGUUACAUUCUCUGUAUCUCUAAAUGUUUGCUUCCAAGUCAUUGGGGUCCUGAGGACAUUUUCCAAACCAGUAUUAUUUAAAGUUUUAUCAUAUUUUCAGACUCCACUAAUUAUACAGUACUGUAGUGGCAAAAUAUAAUUUUUAAGGAUUGGAUUAUUUUUAUACCUUCAUCCAAUAUUGUUAAAUCUGGCGUUCUAGUCAGUAUUGCAAAAGGAUACAAUAAAGCUAUGAAUAUUACAA